ACAAAAUUGAACCUCCCCUCAGCCUGGAUCAAAUUUGAGCGGGGCGAUCUGAUCUGAGACCGCCAUUAAAGCCAUAAGCAAGAAGGUAGUUGAGCCGCCCACCUAAAUACUCCUUAAUUAUGUGCCCGCUUUCCCCACUUCUCUUCUUCAUAUAAGCUUCAAGCUUCCCCAGAUCUUCAUCCAUCCUCUCAUUUCUCCAUCAAUGGCGGGAUUGUUGUCAACUGUUAGGCGCCUCUACCUCACCAUUUACAACUGGACUCUCUUCGUUGGAUGGGUUCAGGUGUUCUAUUUCUCCGUUAAGCAAUUGAAGGAAUCUGGUCACGAACAGGUUUAUAAUGCCGUCGAAUGCCCUCUUCAGCUUGCUCAAACCGCCGCUGUUCUGGAGAUUCUCCAUGGCCUCGUAGGUCUGGUGAGAUCUCCAGUAACAGCUACAUUACCACAGAUUGGUUCAAGAUUGUAUGUGACUUGGGGCAUCUUAUGGAGUUUCCCUGAGGUUCGGAAUCAUGUACUUGUUAGCUCCUUGGUCAUCAGCUGGUCUAUCACAGAGAUUAUCCGCUAUUCAUUUUAUGGCAUGAAGGAGGCCUUUGGUUUUGCACCUUCAUGGCUCCUAUGGCUAAGGUAUAGUACCUUCCUGUUGCUGUAUGCAACUGGCAUCACCAGCGAAGUUGGUCUGAUCUAUCUGGCUCUUCCUUACAUGAAGGAAUCUGGGAAGUACUGCUUUAGGAUGCCAAACAAAUGGAACUUCUCUUUCGAUUACUUCUACGCAGCGAUUCUUAUCCUCGUAGUCUAUGCUCCAGGAAGUCCUCACAUGUAUAGCUACAUGCUUGUUCAGAGGUCAAAAGCUCUCUCAAAAUCCAAAAAAGAGUAGAAAGAAUUAAGGCUUCAGUGUACAUUUCGAAUAUUCAUCUCUAAUUUUAAUUUUUGAAAUGCAUAAUCCUGCUAAAGACAUUUGUUUAAUAGUUUUAUGUCAUAAUUUCUAUUCGCCCAACCAACUAUAUUAUCUUCUUAAGCAACAAUAGUGCAUUUAUAGAUUUUUGUCAGCCGAGUCACUUAAUCUUAUUUCAUUUUGGUUAAUAUAAUUGAUUUAUUUAUAA